GCUGUGGUUAAGGGGACGUUCACAUCAUGUAUGCAUAAGAAAAAAAACUGAACGAGUAGGAGGAAGGAGUGAUAGCGAUCACGUAGAAAAAAAAUAAUCCCAUGUGAGUGUGUGUGUGAGAGAGAGAGAGAGAAGCCGUGUGUGCAGUAGACCUACUGGCAUAUGAGCAGGAGAGAGAGAGAGAGAGAGAGAGGGAGGGAGGGGGUAGAGCGAGACGGCAAGCGACAGAGAGAGAGAGAACGUGCGUACGAGGGCUCAUGUAAAACCAGAUUAAAAACACAAGAUGGCUUCCUGAAUGGGCUGCUGGAACACAGACGAGAAAGAGACUGAGAAAGAAGAGUGGAGAGACAGAGAGAGAGGACAGGAGAGAAGAAAGGGUAGAGGGGUAAGGGGGUGAAGACGAGAGGGAGCCGGAGUCUUCUGAUGGGGAUCUGGCCAGCGGACGGAGGAGUACAAACCGAGGCAGCUCAGAGGCUUGGAGGGUGGAAUAUUUUGAGGACAACAGUCGAGGCUGCUUGGGAAGCCCCGAACUGGCAGCUGAGACUGUUCACAAAGUCACUUCAGUGGAUGGCCCCAGAAGUGGAGGCCAGAUGGAAAUUGGGUCACAUGACUGCCUCCAGGAAGGCGCACUGAGCCUGGAACUGGCCAAUGGGGUGAAUCCUUACCCUAAUGAUGAUGAGGCAUCUAUGGAAACAGAGCAGCAGAGGGCAGGAAGUGUGCCUUCAAGGCAAUGCUGGCUGCCAGGACACGGUAAAGCCAGUGACAACCAACAACAGCAACCAAGUUGGAGCAGCAGCAGUGGUACAACCUCUGGAGAGCCUGUCCACCAUGCAGACAUGGAGGAUGCCCACAAUCUGGUGGCUUUCUCUGUUAUCGCUGGCUCCUUGCCACCUUCUUCCUCCUCGUCUUGCCUCCUCACUCAAUCUAAUACAGCCCAGCUGUAUGAGAAGUUCACCCAGGAGACAGGUGCUGGGAGUGCUCAUGCCAGACUCUCAGCAGGGGCUCCCGAGGGAAGCUGCCAAGCACCUCCAGAAGACCUGGACACUCUUCAGACAGCACUGAGCCAAGCCAAGCAUGGACACAAGCCUCCUAACUGCAACUGUGAUGGGCCUGACUGUCCAGAUUACCUUGAGUGGUUGGAGAAGAAAAUUAAGCUAGCAACAAAUGAGGAUCAAGGCUCCCUCAAAAUGGCAGAUGCUCCACCACACAUACAGCCUCAUCCACAGCAACCCCAUUUGCAGUAUAGCUCUCAGACCUACCAACAGGUGAAUGGUGGCCACCUUCCAUCUCCACCAUGCUCGCAGCAGCAACAUCUAACACGCCCUCAGCCAGUCAAUGUAACCUGCUCCAAACCCCCAAUUCCUUGCUCUCCCCAGGUGCUUUCCAUAGCCAAGGAAAAGAACAUCAGUCUAAAGACAGCCAUUGCUAUAGAUGCCCUGACUCAGCUAUCUGGUACCAGUCCACAAGCUGUCAGUUCUCCUGGUCAACCCCCCUAUAAGAGUAACAUCCAUCAUCACCUACAUUCCCACAUCAUUACAUCUCAGCCGCCUAAUGACACUGGCUUGAUCCCGUCCUCUCCUGGUACCCAUUCAUCUUCCUCACGCUCUCAGUCCGUCCCUCCAGGACUACACACCAGCCAACAGGCCCCAGCAUCAUGUGAGCACCACAGGCCCCAGUCACAGGGCCAUUCACCGCAUGCUAGCCCUCUCCCACCCUCUACCUCUCCCUACCCAGGUCAGGGAAAACCUCCAGGCUUCAGCCCUAGUCCCCAGCAGUGGCAGCAGGGUGCAGCCAGAGGUUCUGAACAGAGGAAUCCAUGGAUGUGUAUGAAGUCUGAGCCCCAGUCUCACUUCGCCACUGCACCUCAGAGCAGCUCAGACCCCAUGUCAGAGCUCAAACAGCUGCUUGGUGACACUAGUGGCAAGUUCAGCAAUGCGCCUUUCAAGCUUCCAGUUGCACAGCAGCUGAGUUUAAACCAGAAUGGGGCAAUCCAGACCCAGGAGAACCCUGCAUUGGCCAGGAUAAAACAGGAGUCAGACUCUGGUGAGCACUACCAUCACACUGCCUCCAUGGGACAUUAUGGCAUGGCUAAUGGUCAAUCACAGGGUCAGCACUACUCUGGCACUCCCCUGUCUCCUGGCCAAGCAGCCAUCAGCCACUCCACUCAGGCAGCUCUGCAACAGCACCUUCACUACAAGAGGACCCUCUUCUGUAAUCACUCCUCUGGCUUUGGAGCACCAGGCCCACGGGCCCCUGUGUCUUGCCAAAACUUGAAAAAAUGGUGGCCACAGAUGGAGGCACAUCUGGCCAUCAAACAGGAACCCAAGAAGAAAAAAAGCAGCCCAGGAUCUCCUGUCAUCAAAACUAUGAGUGGGAUGCCAGUAGGCCAUCUCCUACCCAAACCCAAACAGAUAAUUAUCAAGAAAACAAAGCAGAAGGCCUCCAUGCCAACCUUCCUGCCUCAAUCUCAGAUCUCCAUACAAAAACCACCAGUUCUCAUGAUCGACAGAUCCCCAGCUCUGUCCAGCCUGCAAGCUGGUUCUCUCCCCUCUCUGCCCCUCUUUAGUAAUUCCACUCAGGCUGCUGCUGCAGGCCUCCCUGCCCCAGCCCAAUCUCAGGUACCCAUUUUCAAUUCCUCAAUGACUCCCACUUCCACUAUUUCUGUUUUAUCAGAAAACACUCCAGCCCUCAUGGGCCCCCUGCCUCCACCUGUGGCCCCAGCAGUCCAUGUUAAUUUAGAAGGUGCGGGCAGUAUGGCCAGUAACACCAGCACCACCACACUUGUGACCUCCCCACCUCCAUCUAACACCUCAAAAUUACAGAGUCUCAUCAACAUAGACCCAAAGUAUGAAGAGCUCAUCCGCCAGUUUGAGGCAGAAUUCGGGGACUCAAACCCAGAGGCAUCUGCCAGUCAGCCCAUAGAGGAGACUGCUACAGUUCCUAAGCCAGGGAAUCAAUCUCUGAUCUGUCCUCAGGACCUCAGUCCAAAAUCAUUAUCCACCUCCCAGUCGGUGCCCUUAUAUCCCACCACUCAAGCCAGCUCCACACCUCAUUCAGAUGAUCAACAGAUGGAAGUUAACAAGGAUGAGUCAGGGACCCAUAGUGAAACCACCUUGAGCCAGGCACCCACAGAAAGCCAUGCGGAGAAACAGCAUGAGGGUCCUGUUCAUGUUUCUCUGAAUAAGGAGAUCACUCUGGAGAAACAGCAGCAGCAGCAGCAGCAGCAGCAGCAGCAGCAGCAGCCCACAUUAGAUAAUAUAUUCAACAUGCCAUGUUCUCCACUGCCUAAACGCAUGAAGAUUGAAGCCUCGGGUGACAUAGCAGUGCUGUCCACAACAUGCUUCUCUGAGGAGGACACACCAACCAAGGACAGUCUACCCUCUUCUCCAUCUCUCAAAGGCUUCCUAGAGUCUCCUUUGCGCUACCUGGACAGCCCCACCAAGAACUUGCUGGAUACUCCUUCCAAGGAUCUACAGGCAGAGUUCCCCACCUGUACCUGCGUGGAACAAAUCCUGGAGAAGGAUGAAGGUCCCUACUACAAUCACCUGGGCUCUGGACCUACUGUGGCCUCCAUACGAACCCUGAUGGAAAACAGGUAUGGAGAGAAGGGAGACGCCAUCCGGAUUGAGAAGGUGUUGUACACAGGCAAAGAGGGAAAGAGCUCGCAUGGAUGCCCUAUCGCAAAGUGGGUGAUCCGUCGGGGCAGUGAGACAGAAAAGCUGCUGUGUUUGGUUCGUCAUCGUGCAGGCCACCACUGUGCCAACGCUGUCAUCAUCAUCCUCAUUAUGGCCUGGGAAGGUGUCCCUAGGCCCCUGGCUGACAAGCUGUACCGCGAGCUCAGUGACACCCUCACCAAAUAUGGCAACCCCACCAGCCGCCGCUGUGGCCUGAACGAUGAUCGUACCUGUGCCUGUCAAGGCAAGGACCCUGAAAGCUGCGGUGCUUCCUUCUCCUUCGGCUGCUCCUGGAGUAUGUACUUUAAUGGCUGCAAGUACGCCCGAAGCAAAAUGCCACGCAAGUUCAGGCUACAAGGAGAUCACCCUGAAGAGGAGGAUAAACUCAGGGAUAACUUCCAGCAUUUGGCAACUGAGGUGGCUCCUUUGUACAAGCGACUAGCACCACAGGCCUACAGUAACCAGUGCCAGACAGAGCUCAAAGCUCCAGACUGCAGGCUGGGCUUGAAGGAAGGCCGUCCAUUCUCUGGAGUCACUGCUUGCAUGGACUUCUGCGCCCACGCUCAUAAGGACCAGCACAAUCUAUAUAAUGGUUGCACAGUGGUGUGUACUUUAACUAAAGAGGACAACCGUGCAGUGGGCGAAAUCCCAGAGGACGAGCAGCUCCACGUGCUGCCUCUUUACAAAAUAUCCCCAACAGAUGAGUUUGGCAAUGAGGAGGCCCAGCGCCUCAAAAUGAAGACGGGAGCGCUCCAGGUGCUUCAGGCUUUCCGGCGCGAGGUACGCAAAUUGCCCGAACCUGCCAAGUCUUGCCGGCAACGUCGGCUGGAGGCAAAGAAGGCUGCUUCAGAGAAGAAGAAAAAUAAACUCAUGCAACAGACAGUUGAGACUCCAGAGAAAACAGUGGUCAAGGCUGAGGUCUGCAUCACCAGCUCCCCUCAACCCCAAGGCAAUAAAGCAAUUAUAAAACAAGAGGUGAAGCCCAACAUCAAGAGGGAGCCCUUCAACGGAUCAAUAGAUGGAUACCCCGUGCAGGCGGCAUCAGACCCAUUCAAUAACAUUUAUCCACACCCUGCAUACUAUGCAAGGGGAGGCCUCCCCCCAACUGGCCAACCCUCUGCACCUGACGCAGUAAAUGGUUACCACCCUAGUCUACCCGCUAUGCCCUUUGGCUACUACAACUACCCACCCAAUGCACUUUUCCCCCCUAAGAUGAGAACUUACGAGGGUCGAAAUGGCUCGUUGCCCAAAACAGGCAGUAAGGUUCUCCUGGUAGAUAAGAAGCCUGACAUUCAGAGCCUUCAGGCCAGAUUGGCCCACACAGAGCAGACCAACCAAUCAAAACACAACGCUUACACCCAGCAUGUAGACUACAACCAAUCCCGUCCUUCCUCUGUCUCCUCUGAGGCCUCCAACAGGGGCACUCCACUCAUCAAACAGGAACCAAUGGAUGUGCCGGUCUAUGAAGGCACACUGUCCGCCCAGGCUGGUGUCAACACAUCAAGAUCCACCCCCCAGCCUGUGUUAUGGUCAGGGCACAAGCUUAAUGGAAGUAUUAAUCCCACAGCCUGGGAUGGCCAUCUAAAUGGUAAACAAAGUCCUGAACCCUCAUCUUUAAAUCUGGACAAGCAGCAGUUUCACCAGCAUCCCCAGAGACAGCCCUCUCCUUACCCUCAGCAGUGGACACCCUACCCCUCCCCAAACGCCCCAAUGGCUUCCCCUGCCCCAUCACCAUCACUCCAGGUACCUCUAUCUCCGUCCCCUCACCAUGGCACAGUGCUCCAGGCAAACUUGCACCAAGGCUCCCCACGUCCUCUCACCCCACGCCCAAGCACCCCUCACCCAGGUACACCACAACCUGGCACCUCUCACUCAGGCUCAGUCACACCACAGCCAGGCACCCCAGGCCCAGGCACUCCACGGCACUGGGCCAGCCCUGCUCCUAGCCCCCAGCCAAAUCCUUGGGCCAUGGGGCCUGCAGUAUAUAGCCCUGUUUUGAAGCACAGCAAUCUUGCAGGCGCCUACCCUGAUAAAAUCUGGUCCAAGACUGGGGAGAGUCGCUGUUCCACUCCUCUUGGCCUCCAGGAAAAGGCCUGGAAGUCUUGUGGAGGGUCAUUGGCAGGCAGCACCCAUUCCCCUACCCCUGAGGGACGCCUCUUCCCUGAUGCCCUGCAACAGUCUGAUCAGGCCUGCUACGACCCCAGCAGAGCUGAAAGUGAUGUUGAGAGCAAGCAUUGUGAAGAGGACGACGAUGAGGUGUGGUCUGACAGCGAGCACAACUUCCUGGAUCCCAACAUUGGUGGUGUAGCGGUAGCGCCAGCCCAUGGCUCCAUCCUGAUUGAAUGUGCUCGUCGUGAACUACACGCUACUACUCCACUUAAAAGGCCUGAUCGCGCUCACCCCACCCGCAUUUCCCUGGUCUUCUACCAGCACAAGAACCUCAACCAGCCCAUGCAUGGCCUGGCUCUGUGGGAAGCCAAAAUGAAGCUGUUGGCAGAAAGAGCGCUGCAGAGGCAGCAGGAGGCAGCUCUCCUUGGCCUCUCCCAAGAGGACAUAAAGGCGCUCGGGAAGAAACGUAAGUGGGGCGCCACAGUGGCAGGUGCCAGUCCGGGACCUGGACAAUCUAAAGACAAGAAGGAGGGGCCAGUGACACGGUCAACCUCCACGUUCCUCACCACCUCUAUGGUUACUGUGUCUCCCUAUGCCUUCACCCGCCUCACUGGGCCCUACAGCCACUUUGUCUGAGGCCAGACAAAAACGAACUGAUAGCUACAGAGUGGUGCAGUGGAGGGUUGAAGGGAGCAAUGAGCAGGAUGAAUGUCUCUCAGCCGUCCCACAGUCUGGCAUCUCUCCAUCCUGCCCCCUCUACAGUCCACUUGGAGGAGGGGACAUUUUUAUUGUUUUUUACCUCAUGUCAGGCAGUGGUUUGGGCUUCAGAUACACUGCCUGUGGUGCUCUUCCUCUCUUCCCUGGAGAGGAACUCCAUUGCUUUUUCUUGUUUAUAGAAUUUUAAUGAUUCUAAUUAUUGCUAUUAUUAUCAAUAUUAUUAUGAUUGCUAUUGUUACUGUCAAUGUUGUUAUUACAGGUAUUAUUAUAAUGAAGACUUGUUUUUUUUUAUUGCUGUUUUCAUUAAUGUUAUUAUUAAUGAGGUGAUUGUUUUUGGUUAUAUAUUUUUUUAAAUCAAUCAGUCUGAGUCUUGACAGACUCUCACAGUUGCGUUUACCAUGUUUGGGAAAUGUGUAACUUUUUUUCCUGUUUGAUUUUCUUUGUUUUGUCAAUCUUAAAGCUGUACUUAGAGGAGGAGCCAUUAUCCGUGUGAUAAGACAGCAAAUCAGUAUUAAGGUAAUCAUACAAAAAAAGUAAACCUGCCAUAUCUGUUUCCACACUGGCAAUAAACAGAUAUAUAUCUUUAAAGUUGUUGAAAGCCAGUUUAGGCUUCAUAAAGAAUAAAUCCAAUUACUAUCAUCUGGGCUUAGAUUUUCGUGUUUUGGCUUUCACAAAAACUGAAUUAGCAAAAAUAGCACCCAAAACUUACUUUUGCAGAUUCAAAAUGACAUUGCCAUGUUCUGUCGGUUUGUACAGAGCAGAGGAGCACUGUCUUUGUCUGUGUAUAGAAGAGCAGAGCCCCUACAUAGUUCAAUCUUAGCUCUGAAGUCUGAAACAAAACUAAUUUUCCAAAAGGAGUCUGCUAUAUUGGCCAACUUAAAAUUACUGCAUUUAAAUUACACUGGGAAAACUCAUUGUGGCGUGUCUUGUCAUUAGAUGAUGUGCUCCUCCUGCUUUUUGGUCACCCCUCCAGCUUUUGACUGGUGCUCAGCUUCCGGCUCUGAUCGCUUUUCAUUCCACUACUCGUCAUGGCACUUGAUGCUGUAUUUAGGUGCUCUAACUCAAUUUUGGCUCAAAUAGUAUUUGCAAGUAAAUAUUUUAUUUUUGACCAAAGUGGGAUACCAGAGCUGUGGGAUUUGUUGCUUUAAGACACAGGUACAACAAAUGUGUUGUGCAAAGAAAAAGUUUGAUGAAAUAUCUAACAAAUGCUCCCCUUUGUUUCCCUGUGUAGGAAACUGGUUCUGGUAUCUGGUACCCCACAGAGGCUAAAAUAAUGGUACUAUUUGCAAAUGCCAUUUAACCCAGAUCUGUUAUUAUCACAUAAAGAUGGAUGCAGGUGGCACUCUUUAUCUUCCUAUUACAUUCAAGUAGGGGUGAGCACUUUCCAGUGUAAACUCUAGAGGGCAGCAGUGACUGCCUUUUCAAAGUGGUGUGUACAAAAAAAAAAAAAAAAAAACCUACAAGCACUUGAGAUCCAUUCAAGAAGCCAGAAAAUCAUUGCCUUACUGUUUUAAGCACCCAUGACCAGUAGAGGGGGAUCUCACCCUGAUUGCUGAUUAUGGGUGAGACUUUCCAAAGCAGUUCAAGGCAAGGUUGAUUUGUGGCACAAAUGUGAAUGAGGUCUGAAGACGCCUUUAGGAAGCCCAUCUUGGGUUCAAGCAGGAGGAAACAGUGUUGGGACUGCGGUGCUUUUGGUGCUCCUACACACACUCUGGUGCUCUCCUAUUACACUUGAUUUACUGGGCCCACUCUUUCCUCUGCAUGGUGCUGUCAUCUUCGAGCAGAGUGAAGUGUGUCCUUCUGCAAGCACCUUGUCACCACAGAGCCCGCCAAUCAAAGUGGCCGCCCUGUGGUUGCAGCUCUGUCAUUGGUCUCAAGAACUGGCUCCUUUUGAGGAGUUUUUGCAGUUUCUUGUGGCGUAUAGGGGUUUUGUCUCAAACUAAGUACACUGUACAAGGCAGAGAAAGCACAGUCAUUCAAUGCAAUUGUUGGUAACCCAUAGGCAGUGCUUUUCGCAGAAUCAACAAUACUGAGAGACAUAAAGGGAAACCUUAAAUUACUGUUGCGUCCAGGGUUUGGCACCAAAUGCAAACGCAUUGAAUCAAUGAAUCUCUCACUUUGUGCGUGCGUGUCUGAAAAAUGACACAAACGCAUGAUUGUGUUAAAGAGAAGAGCCAAAGACAGAGUCUAUUUGAUGGCCUGGCUGGAGUCCCCGUGAAUGGCUCAUUUUUCUUUUCUUCACAUUCAUAUUGUUUUCUUACAAGGUCUUGAAAACGAAAGAGCAACUAAUAGCACCGAAUACAAGCCUACUCCUAACUGCUGGGUGGUUGUUUGGGCCAAGGCCCUGGUCAUCUGUGAAAGACCCUGUUACCUCUCCCGAGGGUCUCCAGCUCUCUACCUCACGCUGUAGAGACACUGGUCACAAUCACAACUUGCUACUGAGGGCAGAGAAUUUUGCAUGUCCCUUUGUGUGCUCUAGAUCUCCACACUCAUUUUAACCUGCUUUUUUUUUUCUUUUUUUUCUUUUUUUUACUCUUAUUUAUUACUACAUGGUGAUGAUGAUAAUGAUUGUCUUUGAUGUUAUUGUUUUUUUUCAUCUUUUUUUAUAUAGCUAAUACAAAUUGUAAAUAGAGAAGAAAAGAUUUAUAAAAGCACUUUUAAUCUUGAUUUUAAUGACAAAAAGAAAGAGCCGAUUAUUGACAACUUGAAGCGUAGUUUUUUUUUUUUAUUAUUUUCUCAAGAGAGAGAUAAAACGUGUAAAUAUUAAACUAUUUAGGUAAGAUUAUUUAACUGGUGAGGAUAGUAACUAAACCAUGAAUGGCAGGGGGGGUAUUAUAAAGUCUUUGACAGCCCUUAACAACAGUAAACAACACUUGGUCCCAAUAUGUUGUGUGUAAAUGUGUGCUUAGUAACACUGCUGAUUUGCUUUCAUAAGUACUGUACCCCCUGUCAGCAUGUAACUGACGGAGCCCUGUCACACACUUCUGAAAAUACAUGAGCCUAAUUGUGAAACAUGACGCCCAACACAACUGACUCACUGAACACAGUCCCAAAAACAAACAGGAGAAUCUCCUGUGUUGCAGUUCUACACAGAUCUCAACAACAAUGAAUCUAUUUGACAUUCUCAUCACAAGUAAUUCUGUUAUGGAACUUUGAUUUAAGCCUGAAAAGACACUUUCAUUAUACUUAAUAGUUGUGGUCUACUGUCAGUAAGCUAAGGGUGAACAGAAAUGUGUAGCCUUAAACAUGACGUGUCUAGUGUGUUGUUCAAAGGAAUAGUUUGACAUUUUUGGAAAUAUGCUUAUUCACAUUCUCUCCAAGAGUUGCACUGGUACCACUUGUGUUUCCAUACACAAAAUAUGACGCUACGGCAAGCAGCUGGUUAGCUUAGCUUAGCUUAGCACGAAGCCUGAAAACAGGGGGCAACAGUUGUUGGAAGGUAGUAACAUCCGCCUGCCAGCAGCUAUAAAGCUCAUUAACAAGUUAUAGUUAGUUUGAUUGCUACAAAAGCCAAAGUCUAAACACACCAAGUCGUGCUUUGACGUGAGUUAUGUGCUGGACUAUUUCUUCCAGAUAACCAGGCCACCAGCAGAGACCAUGGGAAAUCCUAACCAAGAGCUUGCCAGGCACAUAAACUCCUGUAAAAACAUGUUCUGGCAACUACUAUUUUCAAACAACUUUAGAGGUGCUGGUAGACAGAUUGUCUUUCUUCUGUGUUUACGCUAUAUGCUAGUCAAAACUGCCUGCAGGCUAUACAUUCAUAUUCAUAACGAAAUGCAAGAGAUUAGCAUGAUUCAUGCUGACCUGCUCUAUACUACGGUUUGUUGCUCUUCCCAGUCUCCCGGCUAAUUGUAGUUCUUCCAUUUUACCUUUUUGAUUGACAAAUCCAGACUACUGCAGACCUCCUGUUGUUAUAUAGAAUUAUUUCCUCUCACUCAGGUUCAUAGUUUUCUUGUUUUGUUCAGGUGACUUCACGGUCGGCCUCCACUGUUGGUUCUUUGCAAUGCAAUCUGUUGUUCUUUGACGUCAGCUUGGCGUGUACGUACCAUAAGUCGCACCAAGAAAUUCAGAAAAGUCAGAAAAGAAUAUUUCCAAAUGUUGAACGAUUCCGUUUAUAUACAUACAUAAAGCUGCCCUUCAUACAUUUGCCACUUGUGUAUAGAGCUGCAGCCGAGAGGGGAUGUCUAGGAACAUACUGGUAGCUGCAGAUCCGGUCUGAGGUGAAUCAAUGGGUGAUGUGGUAGUGAGUAGCUCAGCAAUCUUUGUCAGUUGUGUUAGACUAUCAGGUAAGAGACUGCCUCCCUGCUUGUUUAGAUGUAUCUAUCAUUAUUAUCUGCUCUAGCUUUCAUCAUAGUUAAGUAUGCACAUAGCAGAAAAAUUGCGCCUUCUCUGUGGAAAACACCAGAGGUUGAGUUCGUAAUGAUAAUUAAUUAUUUGACCCAUUCAUCAUGACUAACAGUAGUCUGACUCAUGCAGGAGCUGGUGCAAAAAAAACAAAAAAAAUGCACAGCCUACAUUACACACACUUACCGAAGAAAGGGUGCUGAGGAUAAAGUGUACGCGUUUAUUAACUUUGUAAAUUUCUAAAUGUCUCACAAGUUCGGGUGAUGGUUCUCAUGAGAGGUGCCACCUCUCAGUCGUGUUGGUGGAGGGAGGAUGGUCAGCUGGUGCUAUGAUGCUACACCUUAAAAUUCACUGUGUAAAAAAAAUAAAAAAUAAAAAAUGUGAGAUAUAUGAUUGCCACAAAUAUUUUUCUGAGCUCUUCGAAUGUUAAGAGAACUAUACUUUUGAUUAAGGCAGUUUUGCAGGAUGGGAAGCUGCCCUGGUGCUGACUUUAUGAAAAGUCUUUUGUUACAAUGCUACAAAUUUCCAUCUCUUUUUGAGGGCGGGAGGGCACUCAAACAGUUGACUACAUUCUCUAUUAAUAUUCAUUCCAUAUUGUACUUGAAUUCAUGUAAACUAGGACGAGAUAUAGAAUCAUAUUAUAUGAAGACUGUUAUCUGGGUUUCACAUGUGGUACAGCGCAAGUACCAGAGGCUAUUAAAACUUUCUUUUGAGUAUGUUGUACAUGUUCCUGUUAACUGAAUGCUAAGAUAUUUGAACAAUACAAGAGUUGUGUACUGCCUCCUACUUCCUCUCCCCUGUCAUGCACUUCCUUCACUCACACCUUCUCUUUCUCUUGAACAUUGUAUAUUUUGUCUUUCUCAAAAUAUCACAUAUGCAUCACACUGUGUAUGGCCCACUAUAAAAAUGAAAAUAAUUAUGAACACCUAAUUUAAUGAAUGCUCUCCAAAUCUAGGGUUGAGACUUGGACCCUGGCCCAUUUAAAAAACAAAAAAAUGGAAAAGAAGGAAAAGAAAAAGAAAAUAAUCUACACAACUGGCAGCUACAUUCCUUUUUGAGUUUUGGGAUUGUUCUUGGUUCUUUAUUUUUCAUGUCAAGGAUGCAGUAUGUAAAAAGAAUAGUGUUUUUGUUUGGUCUCUCUCUCUCUUUGUAGCUGUAUGGUGUAUUAUGUGAAUACAUAGUGUAUGUGGUAAAAAAAAAAAAAAUCCCACAAUAUUGUUUUAUGUUGCGCGAUGAAUAAAAUAAAAAUAAGUGAAACAUG